UGCAGUUGCGCGGCGUGGGAAGGUAAGUGCCCACCGAUUUCCCCUUUGCCCUUCAUGUGAGGCAAUGGGCAGCCCCGAAGACGACUUGAUUGGGAUCCCUUUCCCGGAGCACAGCAGCGAGCUCUUGGGACGCCUGAACGACCAACGCCGGCUGGGGGUCCUGUGCGACGUGACCCUGCGGACUCAGGGUUCAGAAUACCGGACCCACCGAGCCGUGCUGGCCGCAUCCAGCCGUUACUUCCAACGGCUCUUUGCAGGGCCGGGCAUGGGGGUGUGCGAGCUGGAUUUCGUGGGCGCCGAGGCCCUGGGGGCCCUCCUGGACUUCGCCUAUACCGCCACGUUGACCAUCAGCGCAGGCAACCUCGGCGAGGUGUUGCGCGCCGCGCUCCUCCUCGAGAUUCCUUGCAUCAUCAGGGCCUGCACGGAGAUCUUACAAGGCCACGGUCUGGAAGCCCCCGUCCCCGACGACGCUGCCCGGGAACGUGCCCGCCGGUAUCUGGAGGCCUUUGCCACCCUGCCCAACGUGGAAGGGGACCUGGCCGAGCCCCCAGCCCGUCCAGCACCCCGCCGCAGCAAGAAAACCCGCAAGUUUCUGCAAACCAAAGGCUCCCGCCUCAACAAUCAUGUUGUGGAGCAAUCUCCUUCGCCGACCCCUUCCUCAACGGGGACACAGGAGCGCCCCAGUCCCCCCAGCCAGGCCUCUCCUGCACCAGCCUUUGCCCUCCCCAGAGAGGAUGAGGAAGAGGUGCUCCAACCCUCUCAUACAUAUCCUUACCUGUACGCCCGGGGCCUCUCGCCUGAGGAUCCAGGUUCAGAGGAAGAACCAAUUGACCCCAACAUCAUGAACUGCAUGCGCGCGUUGAACCCGGACGGGCUGACUCCGGGUCUCGACGCUCCCGACAAGCUGGUGCGCAAGCGCCGUUCUCAGAUGCCGCAGGAGUGUCCUGUCUGCCACAAGGUUAUCCACGGUGCCGGGAAGUUACCCCGCCACAUGCGCACCCACACUGGGGAGAAGCCGUUCGCCUGCGAGGUGUGUGGAGUCCGCUUUACUCGGAAUGACAAGUUGAAGAUCCACAUGCGGAAACACACGGGCGAGCGCCCCUACUCCUGCCCGCACUGCCCGGCUCGCUUCCUGCACAGCUACGACCUGAAGAACCAUCUCCACCUGCACACGGGCGCCCGACCUUACGAGUGCUGCCUUUGCCACAAGGCCUUUGCCAAGGACGACCACCUGCAGCGCCACCUCAAGGGCCAGAACUGCCUGGAAGUGCGGACGAGGCGCCGACGCCGCGGUGCCGACCACGAAUCCGAGCCCUUGCCGGCCGCGGGGACGCCCCCGCCCUCCUCUGACCUCGAGCUGACCAACGGGCAAAUCGAGGGGCUCCUCUCCCUCGCCCGCUACUGGGAUCAGGACCGUGCCCAUCGGGGGCCCUCUCCUGUUCCCAAAGAAGAGGAGGAAGACGAGGAGGAAGAGGAGGACGAAGAAGGCGUCGUCGAGAAGAUGCAAACCGACGGGCCGGCGGCAAUGGAAAUGGCAUAAGGCCCGGGCCUAGGCCUCGACCCUGCCUUGCUUGGACUGUUGCCAUGGCGACUCUGUAGGGACUCUGCCAUUGACUGGAUGCACU